AUGGCCCCCCCUGGGCUGGUUCGCCACCACGCCUCACCUCCGCUCACCCUCCUCCACUCUCCAGAGUGCAUUCUGCCAGAAGCCAUGUCCCCAGGCCAUGCGUUGCUGCCUCACCUCUGGGGGACUGGGUUGGCGGCUGGAGGAUCCAAAGGGAAAGACAUCAAUACCACCAAGUCCCUGAGAGUCUUGCAUGUCCUGCGGCCCCUCAAGACCAUAAAAUGCCUGCCUAAGCUCAAGGCCGUGUUUGACUGUGUGGUGAACUCGCUGAAGAAUGUCCUCAACAUCCUGGUCGUCUACGUGCUCUUCAUGUUCAUAAUUGCUGUCAUUGCAGUGCAGCUCUUCAAAGGGAAGUUUUUCUACCACACGGAUGAGUCUAAGGGGCUGGAGAGGGACUGCCGGGUCCUGAAACACUCUGUGGAUGCCACUUAUGAGGAGCAGGGCCCAAGUCCUGGGUACCACAUGGCGCUGUCCAUCUUCUACAUGGUCUACUUGGUGGUCUUCCCCUUCUUCUUCGUCAACAUCUUUGUGGCCUUGAUCAUCAUCAACUUCCAGCAGCAGGGGGACAAGGUGAUGUCUGAAUGCAGCCUGGAGAAGAACGAGAACUAUUUCAGAGAUGCCUGGAAUGUCUUUGACUUUGUCACUGUGUUGGGAAGUAUUACUGAUAUUUUAGUAACAGAGAUUGCGUUCGUACCAGUGUGGUUUCUGGGAGGAGCAAGCUGGCUGCUGAUCCUUACGGGCCCCGUCCUUGGACACAGGCAUCUUUGUUCCCUGGAUAAAGGGAUCCAGACAUUGCGCUCCUGUCUGCAAGGGCACAGCUCUGGGGGUUUCUUCAUGUGUGUGCCUCCUCGCCCAAGAGGGCGGACUGAUGAGCAGGCAUCAAGGGUGGGGGUUGCCAGACAUGCAGAGAGCACGACGCCCAGCUGUCUUGCAGGGAAACCUCCACCUCCAAAGAGGCCCGCACACAAGGCAGAGACCUUCUGUAGCGCAGGUGGCUGGAGUAGCCCAGUGUCUGUCCCUCAGCUGUUGGACACGCAAGGCCAAGGGGGCUUGUGGUUGUAUCAGACCUUGCUUCAAAUAAGCCCUCCAUGGCCGCUGCCAUCGGCCCCCGAUGCCUAG